AACGGAGACAGAACUUGCUGGCUGGCGUGGGAGGAUGGAGAGACGGGGUCAGGAGGACUUGCGGGAGGCUGGUGUUCAAAAGGCGACGAGGGUCGGUGGCAGCAACGGGGGCAGCGACGGGGGCAGCAACCGACGGGGGCGGAGGGGAGUCUCAAUUCGGAAUCGGCAUCGACGAUAAAACGGGGCAAGCGAUGUUUGACGAGCAGCAAAAAAAAAACAACUGCACUCCAAUCCCUGGACCGGGUUGAUCGGGUGGCGCCAACCGCAAUUCCAGCUACAAUUGCCAGUUCCUACUGGGUAAUGGGUUAUACUUCCGACGGCGAUGUUCGAUUAGUGCGCGUCUUCGUUGGCCUUUUGUCGCAGGUUGGUGAUCUCGUUGACUUGUCGCUCGACGGCGGUCAGUGGGUGGAUUGUACGGAUUGGAUAGUGUGCUUGGGUGGAUGGCACCAUGGGAUCGUGGAUCUUUUUGCCUCCUUUUGA